GCAUCCAACAUCUCGCAUCUGAGCAUCUCUCGACAUCCAUCGGCAUCCGUCGGUCGUUCGGUUGGAUGCUAAGGAGAGCUUCUGCUUUGGCAGCGCGCACUUGGCCAAAAUAGUUGUUGGUUCGCAUGCAAAACGUUAAAAUCGCAUUAGCUGAAAGACAUUUUAUACCAACGGCGCGUUUUUAAUUUUUUCUACACUACCUACAACAACAACACUAAAUAGACCCAAGUAGAUGGCAAGAGCCAGCCAGAGCAAAGCUAAACUAAACUUUUAACGUUCAAAAUUCGAUGCUUAUCCAUAGGUAUAAAUAAAUAAACGCGUGUAUAUACAUUGUAUACAUAUAAAAAAUGAUAUUUCAAUAAUUUUCGAACAACAAAAGUAUGAUGUUUAGAUGUAAUCGAAAUAAAAGCGUGUCAAGCCGUCCUCUUUACAAUGAAUCAACCCUAAACUAAACUAAAGUAAAACACGACUUUUUUUUAAAACAAUACUCCUUGAAAAGGUAUAAACGAUAGUAGAGUAGAAGAACAAGGCGUGACUUGUGUGUGUACAUAAAGAUGGAAAGCAUGUGAAACUAAGGCAAACAAAAAGAUGCCUCUGGCCCACCUUUUGUGUCCGUGUGCGUGGAAUAAAGAAAAAAAAUCAAGGAGAGCAUUAGCAACAACAACAGCAAUCGGCAGUGGAAUAGCGAUUCAAUGUCACAGUCAGUGAGCAACGUCUAUGUACAAACACCCCUACAUGCUGACACCUAUGUAUACCGCUCACGUACAUAGAGGGCACAAAUAAAACAAAAAAAAAAAAGCCACAAAAAAAGGAAAAAACCAUUGCCACAGAUUAGUGAGCCAGCCUGCUCAAGGAGCUGACAUCGAAAAAGUGAAAGCGACGGCAACGACGACGACGACAAUCAACAUUCAUCAUACGCACCGUGGGACGCGGCGCCGAACGCAAAUGCAGCCUCCGAUUGAUCGGUACCCAAGAGCAUACACCUGCCACUGACAAGUCUCAGCAGCGCACCGCGCGUGUUGAUGUGCAGCGCCUCCGUGGGCACCGAGGGAUCCGUAACUCUGCAACUAAGAGAUGCAAAUGCAGCAACAGCAUCACCAGCACCAGCCCCAGCCCCAGCAUCAGCAGCAACAUCAAUCGCCACAUCAACGUCAGCGUCAGCAACAAAUGGCGUUGCAGCGCUUGCCACCUCUGCGGCAACAGCGUCAGCGUCGACGCUAGAGAAUGCGCUGACAAUUGGCUAUCCGGAUCCGGAAAUGUUGGCAGAUGUCUUGGGCACCAUUCAGACAGCCUCUCUUAAAAACAACUCAAUCACAACAGCAACCUCAAGCAAUAGUUCUAGCAAAUCGACUAGCAGCAAUCCUGUGGGUAAUACCAAUAAAAUAACCAUAACCCGACGUAGUGUUCAAUCGGUGAGCACAUCCACCAACACGAGCAUCAGUAGCAGCAACAGCAGCAACAGCAACAGCAUUAGCAGCACCACCAGCAACAGCGGCAAGACAAACACCAGCUACAUAAAAAACUGCUUGAUACGCAGCAGCAGCUGCAGCAACACGGUCACAAAUGUCACGACGCUGGCGCAGAUUAUGAGCAACAGCAGCACCAGCAGCGCGGCAAGUUUACUCAAUCAGCAUAACAACAACAGCAACUGCAGCAACAGCAGCAACUUCAGCACUGCCUCCUCCGUGGGCAGCAGCAUCAGCAUCGGCAGCAACAGCAGCAGCAACAGCAACAGCAAUAGCAACGACAGCAACAGCAGCAGCGGCGGCACACACAGUUUGAGCUUCAAGGGCACCGGUAGACAUGUUCCUGGAUUAGCGAACGGCGUUAGCUCAUCGGUCGGAGGGUCCUGCCACAGUGGCACAGUUACUGGCGUCAGUGGGAUCAUCAGCAUCGAAGCGCCGCGCAAAAACCGCCCCAAACUAUCGUCACCAACGCGACACGGACCGCAGCAGUGCCAGAUUUGUUGCAAGAUCUUUGGAAAUGCCUCGGCACUGGCCAAGCACAAACUGACGCACAGCGACGAACGGAAAUACAUCUGUGCGCUCUGCUCGAAGGCAUUCAAGCGGCAAGAUCACUUAAACGGACACAUGAUGACUCAUCGGAACAAGAAGCCUUACGAAUGUAAGGCGGAUGGCUGUGGAAAGUCCUACUGCGACGCCCGAUCUCUGCGGCGACACUCAGAGAACCACCACGCAGGUGGUGCGACCACGCCCACCACCAGCCAGUCCCUCUCGCCCAUCGCCAGCUCCAGCUCCAGUGGGACGAGCAGCAGCAGCAGUAGCAGCAGCAGUGGCAGUGUAAGCGGCAGCGGAGUAGGGGUGGCAACCAGCACUCUCAGCCUCUCGCCGGCGACGGCCAGCGGGGAUGCCAGUUCGCCCGACGGUGCCACCUGCAUACGCACCUAUAUUUCCACGGGCAACUCGGUGGUGGAUGCGGCUACCGGGAUAGCUCUGUCGGAUGAACAGAUCAAGGCCAUGAACCUGCCGAUCAAGACGGGCGUCACCCUGCUCUCGCCCACCACUUCGACUUCCUCGAACGCCUCCUCCACGGCUAGCAGCUCCGGGUCUUCCUCGUCCUCCGCCUCCGUGGGGACGGCCUCGUCGACGGCCAGCCAGAGUGCGGUGAUAGCCACCACCAGCUCCCCCACCAUAACGCUCAGCGACGGGGUGAGCCUCGAGGGCGAGGGCCUGACCCGCGAACAGCUGGAUCUCAUCAGCAAGAUCAUGCAGCAAACGAAACAGACGAGUGCCCAGGUCACCGUCUCCUCGCCCACCAGUGUCAGCUCCUAUAAGAUUAAUACCAAUUCUGCGUCGACCCAGUCGAGGCCGCGCACCUGGAACAUGCAACUGCUCAACAAUUCCCAGAAUGUGACCGUCACCGUUGAGGAUAAUACCGACAUGGUGGCUCCCUCUUCCAGCUCCCCAGUAGAGAUCAAGGAGGAGGAGCUCAACCAACAGAUUGUGGCCGCCAUCAACCCCCACCUGCUCAACAUUGUGAAGCUCGACAAGCCGGUCGAGUGCAAUCUCUGUCACCGUAAGUUCAAAAACAUACCUGCCCUCAACGGGCACAUGCGCCUCCAUGGCGGCUACUUCAAAAAGGAUCCAGAAACCAGGCGCAGCGAGAAGAAGGAUUCAAGUGGACCGCCCCUGCAGACGGCCAGUAUUGGUGUUCGUGCUCUGAUCGAGGAGAAGAUUAUAAGCAAACGCAAGGACAUCACAAAGGGCUCCUUUGUGGUUCCUGCCCCACCGCAUAGCAGUGGCAUCACCACUCCACUGAGGCGUUCCAUUAGCGACCUGGAGAGCUUCCUCAAUCCCAAGAGCAGCUCUAGUGGACAAACCCAGACGCUGGCAACUAGUACGGGCUCCACCACGGCCGUUCUUCCGGCAGCCACCACCAUAAAGAGCAGCAAUGGAUUGAGUAUCCAGCAGAUUGGACUGCCUCAGAGCAUCGAGAUCUUCAGUGGUGGCCAGAAGCAGUCCAAGACCCUGAAUUUGGGCAGUGGUACCAACACCAUCACCAUAACCACCAACAACGUGCCCACCACCACCACAAUGAGUGCCCUGACUGCCUUGAAGGCCGGCGGAACCAUCAGCGGCAUAUCCACGGCCACCAACACGGAUCCCAAGGAUUCCACCCUCAUAGAGCUCCUGAAGCGAGGCACUCGCAUCGCGGUGACCUCGAAGAAAACCCAGUCUCAGACCCAAACGGGGUCCAGUGUCCUAAUGACCUCCAGCGCCUCAGCAACGAGUGCCAUGGGUGCUGUUACGGAAUUAACCACCAUUGGUGGCAACAGCCUGCAGACAGUUGGACGCCAGAUUAUCACAAACAACAACCGCACGGUGAUCAUCCCCUCCGAUGUCCAGGUGGUGUCCACCAAGAGCAAGCUUAGCACCUUGAGUAGUCUGGUCAAGAGUAGCAGCACCUCAACAGUUUCGAACAGCGUCUCCAACACUAGCUGCACAUCGGGUAACAUUUCCCUGGGCGAUGGUACGCCGCUUUCACUGACCAUAACUCCCAACCAGGAGAUGUCGAGUGGCGGUACAUCAUCGGGAGGUGUCAUCACGAGUGGCGGGGGUGGAGUUUACACAGUGACCUACACCAGUGACGGCACCGAUCUGUUCGACGAUGCCGAAGUCUACAAUGUCACAGACACGGAGAUGCUGCUGCAGACGGUGGACUCCAUGGAGCUCCUGCAAGACGACGAGGAUGACACACAGAUAAAGAGCGAACAUUCCGAGGACUUUGCCCUUCUGAGUGAUGCUGGGGACAGUGUGCACACACAGCUGGUGAAGCUGGAUACGGAGAAUAUAUCCGGAUCGGGUAACACUGGAAACAACAACACCGUCACGAACAACGCCAAUACCACACCGCUGCCCACCUUCCAACAAUUCCAUUCCAAGGAACUGAUCAUGCAGAACAGUUCCCAGAUUCAGGCAAUAGCCAGCAUGCGGAGCAGUGGCGGUGUCCUGGCCUCGCCACUUCACUCCCCGCUGGCCUAUCCCACGCCGCCUUCGAGCCACGAGAACAUGGCCCAGAGCUCCCCAUUCAUCGAGGAUGCAGCUGCCCAGUUUGUGGAUGCCACCAACACUUUCUUCGGCGACAAGACGGACUUCUCGCACAUCUACUUCAAGACCGACGACGGUCAAGCUACCAUCGAGCAGCUGGACGAGCAGGACAAUGAGAAGAUCCUCAAGCUCAAGUCGGUGCUGGAGGAGAGCAGCUUCGAUCCCUCCAUUAAGGUGGAGGACCUACUGAACGGCACGGACGACGACACCGAGUGUGAUCUGCGGGAGUUUGCCGAGACAAAUCUCUCGUUUCUGGACGAGGACCAAGAGUUCCUCAACGAUUCCCGCAAUGCCACUUCUCCGCUCUCAGAGUCGUUCUUCACCAGCGGUAUUGGUUCCGCUGAGGAUGUGAAACAGGUCCUGCGAGAGGUCCUGCCCGAUGAAAAUAUGCAGUUGCAGAUGAGUAGCGAGCAACAGGGCGAGAAUAUAAUCGAUCUCUACUAUCUGCCCGGCUUGGGCCUGCAAUCGCAGAUGAUGCCCAAUUCGGAGGAUCCAUUGUUGUCCUCUUCGCCUAGGGAGUUUGGCCAGCAAAGGCAGCAGGUGGGUUUGCAACAACAACAACAUCAGCAGCAGCAGCAGCAGCAACAGCCCCUGGAGCAGCAACUACAAAACAACAAUACACUGUACCAGCAACAACAGCAGGAGCAACAUCAGCCAUCACAGCAGGAGCAGCAACAGCAACAGCAGCAGCAACAAUUGAUGUUGCCACAGCAACAGCUGAAUCAAUCCGAGUCUCUCCCUGUGGCCAGCAAUCAGCAGGCCGAUUUUAUGUUGCCCCUGGUGGGAGGUCAUGGCUUUACGUCGCUCCCAACCCAAAAUCAAUUCCUGGACAAUAGCCAGGGGGGCGGCAUGGGGCUGCAGCCCCUAAAUAGCCUGCUCCAGCCCCUGCUCUUCAGCGGACCUAGUUCGAAUAGCAAUUUGGUUGCGGGCAACGAUACCCACCUCCCCGCCGAUUGCCAAAUGAAUACAAAUCAGACAGCCCAGCUCGAUGGAAGUUUGAUGUUCGCCUGCGGCUCGGCUGUAGCGGUAACAACAGGCAACAAGCCCCUGCUCCCGUCCAUGCCAACUCCAGUGGCCAAUUUGCAACCGCUGUCGAACCAAACCAAUUCCAUUCUGAAGCGCCGACUGCGCUCGAACGCGCCCCAGGAAACGCACAAGUUCUCCAAGUUCCAUACCCUUUCGCCGCACCGCUCAAAGCUGCGCAAGCCAUCCCGCACCCACUACACUCCCGCUCCCAUCCUGAAUCCGGACCGCAAGGGCACAGGACUCUACUGCAACGUGCGGAAGCAGCUGGGCCAGGGUCUGUUCGACGCUUUCGAUGAUGACUUUGGGGACCCGGUGGGUCUGGUUGACUUCUCAGACGAGUCGAAGGUCAAUCUCGGCUCGACCUACCAGGCACAGAUUCCCAGCUGCCGGCCUCAGGAAGAGGCGUUGCGUGAGGAUGUGGGCGCCGAAAUGAUGUGGAAUCCUGAAGUGCAGGAAGACGAGAAGAUCCUGAUGCGCUACAUAGAUCUCAGCAAAUCGUCGGCCGUGCCUAUGGGCAGUCAUUCCGAGGAGGUGGCCCUCCACACGCUGCUCAAGGCCCACGGGAACUCGGCGGCGGCGGUACUGAAUCUGCUGCAGACCCAGUCCGGCGCCUUCCAGAUGAAGUGGAGCUCCCACGAGCUGGAGCAGUUCCUGCGAGGUCUGGAGAAGCAUGGCAAAGAUUUUGGCAAGAUUGCAAAUACGCUCCUGACAAAGUCCUCCGGCGAGUGCGUGCAGAUGUACUAUUUCUGGAAGAAGCUGUGCGUGGACUACAAGGUAUCUCACCUGAAGAUGGAACCCGUCGUCGUGGUAACGCCCCCCGUCGAGAAACCCUAUGUGUGCGAGAUCCCCGACUGCUCAGCGAGCUUCAGUUCGAAAGCGGCACUGCACGGCCAUGUCCGCAUACACGCUUACGGCCGUAGUGCCAGCAGCAACAACAACAACAAUGGCAGCAACAGUAACAGCAACAACAGCAGCAGCAACAGCAACAUCAGUGGCCAGCAUGCAGCGGCCAACAGUGUCAGCAAUGCUAACAUCAACAACAGCGGAUACGCAUGUGCAACACUUACAAGUGGCAACAAUAACCUCAACAAUAAUGCCUCAUCGUCAGUAGGAGCAGGUGGAGCAAGUCAUGCAAUGAGCAACAGUGGCAACUGCAAUCUGAAUGCCAACGCGACUACAGCAACAGCGUCCUCCAUCUUAGCCAAUUCUAAGCUGGAUUCGGGUAUUGGUAACAGUAACGGCAACAAUGGCAAUGGCAACACCGCUGUCCCGAAUGCCAAGGACGGCGAAUUCCCCUGCAAGGUGUGCGGCAAAGUCUUCAAUAAGGUGAAGAGUCGUAGUGCUCACAUGAAAACCCAUCGGGUCCAGGAACCGGAGCAAUCUGCAAAACACCAGCAGCAGCAGCAACAGCACCAUCAAGUCAAUGUCUCGACAGGAUCUGGACUGGACAGUGUCGCCUCGACUUCGACGAUCGCAUCGACGACAUAGGAUCGAGGCUGAAAGGACAACAACCUACAACUAGGACAAAAAUCGAUUGACAAUCGCAUUAAGCAAGCAGAAAGCAUUGUUUACCACUGUUAGAAUUUAUGAUUAGACGAAUUUGAGUCUAAAAAUCAAUGUCACAUGUACGUAGUAGUUAAAGGCAUUUCUUCGCUAGGUCUAUCCCUAUCCUUAACUUUUCUGUCUCUCAGUCUUAGUCACUUUCAAACUAUCUAUCGUCUAAGUAGAAGACACUUCGACUCGCUUUAGAAUGUAAGUCUAGCCAAGGAUUGGUAAAAGUUCAAAUUGAAUUGUUAUUGACUAUUGUAGGCAAGUGCAAUAUCUAUGUUGAAGUAAUACGAUAUGUAAAUGUAUACCCAACCGUUUUUUAUAUACAUAGUAGCCGUUUAUUCUGCUCGACUCGACUGUAGGUGUAACUCUUUAACUAUAUAUUGAUAACUGUAGCUAAAGCUAAAGCGAAAUCCCGAUCUAUGAUAAAUAUUAGUGCAUAACUUACUGUUAACUACAAGUUUUUUCUACUCCAAAAAAAUACUCGUACAUAGUUGCAACACACUACACUGAUACUUUACUAGGGCGAUAAAUGUUUAGGUCUUAAGAGAAUCUCUAUAUAUAUAUACAUAUACAUACUGGAUACUGAAUACUGGAUAUGAUUACAUGCCUAGGAGUACGAUGUAUGCGAUAUAUGAUUGUUGUUCUAGUUUUAAAGACGCAAGUCAGCAACUCAAAGUAGUUGAAGUUUUACUUAGAUCGUACUUAUAUACCUACAAACCCAAACUAAUGUACUAUGGCUUAAAAACCUGAAGCCCAAGGAAAAAAUCUAGUGAAAUCAAGUGAUAUUGAGUGAGAUCAAAAUCGAUUUUAGCUAAAACGUGAAACUAAAUUCAACUCUAAUACACACACACACACACAUACAAAAAACACACGCACACAUUGUAAUUAAAUAAAGUUGAGAAAAGUUUUAACUUUUAAUGCAAAGAUCUAGGCUGUAAGGACACCACUGUAAAUAAGAGUAUAGGAAACUAAACGAUAAGGAAGGAUAAGGAUUUCUUUCAAAUUUCUCCAAAACGCAUAAAAGACAUUAUUCUAUUGAUAAUUCUAGAUCCCCCAACCCCAGUCCUCCCUCGAGUACACUGAACACGACAACACUAAAGAGGCGACUGCCUUUGACAUAGACAGUGCAGUUUUAUAUAGGCAUAUAGGAUAUACAUAGUAAUUAUAUACAAGCAUAUAUUAAAUUAAAUGGUACAACAGUAAAUCUGCCAGUAAUUUGAACAACAACAAGAAUCACACGUUUUCCAUUUGGACAGUGGGCUAAUGUACUACAACAAAUUGAUCAAUUGAUUCAAAGUUUUGAGGCCAGUGCGCCGGGUGGUAUAUUAUGUAUUGACAAUGGCGUAAAUUAAUCUAGUUUUAAUCCAAAGCAAAGCAAGGCUAAAAACCAAAACCAAAUUAAAUAUUCGUGUUUAGUCUAAUGAGUCUUCUGACCCCCCAGGAAAUCUGAUAAUGUUCCACUUUUGUCCCAGACAGAUCCGGACAGAUGUUUGGAAGUGAAAAACUAAUAGCAAUUCUUAUGGUUGUAUUUGCCAGUUAUCGUACAAUACUAAGCACUAAGGUGUCAGGUGCUGUAAAUAGCCAAUGGAAAUCAGAGAUUUACAACUCAUCCCCAUGCAUUGAAGCCGGAUAAUAAUGGCCAUCUGGCUAGUCUUAUUUUUGGCUUUGUCUCCACCCCACAGCGGCGCAAUAACCAUAACAAUAGUCAUAGGUUUAGUUGACAGGCAACACAUGAUUCUUUCAUAUUUUUCGGUGUUAUAUACAAUAAGUGUAAGCAGAUAUACGGACAUACAUAGAUACCAAUACAGCUUCUGCAACUGCAACAGCAACCCACCACAAAGCACCUUCAGAAAGCCCUUGAUGAGGUCCUUUCACAGUCGUUCCACGACUUUUUCAAAGACUUUCGCGUACAAUAAUCCCUACUCUUGUACUGCAUGCACUCUUACGAAAGUAAAGCAGAAACCCAAGUCCACCUAAGACAUAAAUAAAUAUUUGUUGUGUGCAUUUUCUCUACACGUCUCUACAGUCUCCAAUCUACAGUCUUCCGUUUCCGCUUCCGUUUUCACUGAAAUUUCACCGAACUAUUCUGUUCCAUUCUGUUCUAUGCUCAAAUGCCUUCAAGCGUAAGUCUUAAGUAUUAUUAAAUAAAGUAUCUACAAAUGAGUGUUUAUCCUUAAGUAAGUGUUCAAAUUUAGGAUUAAAGUUAGCUUAAGUUUAAAUGUGUGUGCACUUUGUUGCUUUUCAAAAAAGUUUCCUAAAGACAAAGAUAUGAUAAAUGUGAAGCUAAAUGUCUAGUCAAAUGCAGUAGCUUUAUCGCCUAAUUUAUUUGUAUUUUACAUUUUGUUUUAAGUUUCAUUUACUGUGUCAACAUGUUUAUCGUUUACCAAUUAAAUGAUUUCAACUGUUUCUUUUUUCAUA